ACCACUGAAUGAACUGCUAAAUAAGGAAAAGCGAUGGCAGUGGACAUCAGCCUGUGAGUCCGCUUUCCAGGAAGCUAAAUUACUCCUAGUAUCGCAGGACAUAUUGACUCAUUAUCAUCCAGAACUGCCCCUUCGACUUGCGUACGACGCUUCACCUUAUGGGGUCGGAGCUGUGCUCUCACACGUCAUGCCUGAUGGCAAAGAAAAACCGAUAGCCUAUGCAUCACGAACUCUUAGUAAAGCGGAACAAAAUUAUGCUCAGAUCGAGAGGGAGGCGCUAGCGAUAGUCUUUGGAGUACGCAAGUUCCACCAGUAUCUCUAUGGUAACAAGUUCACGCUGCUCACGGACCAUCGCCCAUUAACCUCCAUCUUGAGCCCAUCAAAAAGUACGCCUUCAAUGGCUGCCGCCCGAAUGCAGCGUUGGGCACUCCUCCUGUCUGCGCAUGAUUACACCAUUCAAUAUCGGAAAGGAGCAUUACAUGCCAAUGCUGAUGGUCUUUCACGCUUACCAAUCCCCCAUGCUCACGAAGAGAAACUAAGCGCAGUAGACGUAUUUUACACAUCUCAGUUGGACACCCUACCAGUUAGUGACACCGAGAUCAGACGGCACACCAUGUCUGACCCUAUUUUAUCUCGUGUUGUGGAAAUGGUCACCACUGGGCAUUUUCCAGCUGCAAAGGAUGCAGAUGAAGAAAUGGCACCCUACUUAUUGCGCCGGCAUGAUCUCACAAUAAAACUGGGAUGCCUCCUGUGGGGUGUGAGAGUGAUUGUUCCACCAAAACUGCGCCCCCGGGUUCUGAAACAGCUCCAUAUAGCACAUCCAGGUAUAGUGCGAAUGAAAAGCUUGGCACGCAGUUAUGUAUGGUGGCCUGGCAUCGACUCUCAAAUUGAGCUCCAAGCUAAAUCCUGCCACUCUUGUCAGAGUAUGCAAAAAGAGCACGGGCUAGCACCUUUACACCCUUGGAUGUGGCCCACUAGUCCCUGGGAAAGGAUACAUGUGGACUUUGCGGGUCCAUUUGAAGGAAAUAUGUACUUGAUCGUGAUAGAUGCACAUUCCAAGUGGCCUGAGGUACAUAUUAUGGACAACACCACAGCCUGUAAGACCAUUCAAGUGCUCAGGAGCCUUUUUAGUCAAUAUGGCAUUCCACACAUCCUUGUGAGCGACAACGGACCUCAGUUCUGUUCUGAAGAGUUUGGUACAUUCUUGAAGUCCAACGGAGUAAAACAUAUCCGCUCAGCACCGUACCAUCCUGCCACCAAUGGCUUGGCUGAGCGUUUCGUGCAGAUAUUCAAACAUUCCUUAAAAUCUUCUAGAGGCACAGCACUUGUGCAACAACGCCUGGAUACAUUUCUUUUAACAUACCGCAAUACCCCUCAUGCAACAACAAAGGAGACACCAGCUAUGUUGUUCCUCGGACGCAAGCUGCGAUCACGGCUGGAUUUCCUGAAACCCAAUAUUGCUGGUGUAGUAGCACAGGUCACAAGAUGCUCAACAAGAGCGCCGCCAACCACACUCCAAGGAUAG